CUCAUUAGCAAUCCACUUGGGUUCCCGAGCGACAAGUCGUAUAGCGGGCUGACUGCUUACCCAACUACUGGAGCGAAGUAACCUGGCCGACAUAUAAUUACUUCCUACCGCCCGAGUAGUAGUGCAUACAGCGUCUUGCCGAGCCUUACUUAAUCCAGCACUCGCUGUGAUUGGAGACUUGCCUCACGCGGCGGCUGAAGCGGCGUUUUGACCGGCGAAGUUGGGAAAAUGGCUGCGACGCGGUUUUUGCUCGCAGCGGGUUUUGUGCUCCUCGCGUUGACGUCAAGCGUGAGCGCUGUCAUCGCCCCCUCGAGCUCCAGUGUGGCGCUCCUGAAGGAGGCUAGCUUCAACAGCGCCACCGCAUACGCCAACAUCAAGAAAGCGCUGCCUAUGGCCAAGGAGGUGAGCCUGGCGCUUACCGCCGCCGACCUCAAGGGCAUGACGGCGCUGGUCCUGAACGCCCGGCCCGGCGUGGAGGCCGUCCUGAACGCCUCGGUCACCGCCAAGGCCAGCGCGGGCUUCUACAAGGCCGUGGGCGACUGGGUGAGGAAGGGCAACACGCUGGUGCUGGUCAACGGCGCUGUGGGCGGCUUCAAGCCAGUGAUUGAGAAGUUCAUGAAGAAGAGCCAGGCCUGCGUGGGCGUGCAGCUGGCUGCCAACCGCACCACCAAGUUCACUCUACGCUACCGCCAAGACCCCUACACAGCCCUGGCCGCCACCUGGGUCACCAACUCUACAGAGGUGCCCGCCGGCCUGCAGUGCCAGAAGGGCUCUGGCCGCCCCGUCAUGACCAGUGCCAACACGAAUGGCGUGUCGUCCAUCCACCAGUUUGCCGCUGGCCAGGGCACCAUCGUCUUCCUAGCCGCCAGCUUCGAGGGCGCCACCGUGAAGACCAUCUUUACGGACGCCCUGUACGCAGCCAUUGCGAACACGCCCAUUCCCACGCCCUCCCCCACCCCGAGCCCCAAGGCCUCUCCCUCUCCCACGCCCACGCCUUCGCCCACCCCUUCGCCCAAGGCCUCGCCCUCUCCCUCUCCCUCGCCCAAGGCCUCGCCUUCUCCCUCGCCCACCCCUUCGCCCAAGGCCUCUCCCUCUCCCUCGCCCACCCCUUCGCCCAAGGCUUCUCCCUCUCCUUCCCCAUCGCCCAAGGCUUCUCCCUCGCCCACUCCUAGCCCCAAGGCCUCUCCCUCUCCCACUCCUAGCCCCAAGGCCUCUCCUUCCCCCUCUCCCUCUCCCUCCACCAGCCCCAAGGUUUCCCCCACCCCUUCGCCUGCGGGCACCGCCCCCAAGCCCGCCCCCACUCCCUCUCCUAGCCCCACCAAGAAGAACAAGCCCCCGCCGCCGGAGGACGCGCCUCCCCCCGCGGAGAUGCCGCCGCCCAUGGAGGACUCUGCGCCCCCUCCCCCCAAGAAGAAGACAGGCUAGGGCUCCCCGCUGCAAAGCGGUCUCCGUACCUGUAUGAGUUUGGGAAGCCGUACGAGCAUGCGAUGUGUUUGAGCACAAGUGGGCGGCUUCAUCAUGGAUAUUAAAGUAGGAUGGGGGAUUAAUGAAAUUGCGGAACGGUACCGACAUUACCAGAUUUACCACUGGCAAGUGAGGCUGCUGAAAUGCUGCUUCAUGGCUUGACGCGUACCGUAACUGAGCCAUAACCUCAUGUAACAUACAUCUUAG